AUGAAUCAGCACCAAUACCGACUGAAACGUCAAAGCCAACAAGAGCAAGAGCUUGCAAACCACCAUCAACACCAACUUUAUUACCCAAACCACAGCCACAACUACUACAACGAAUAUCAACAACAACAACAACAACAACAACAACAACAACAACAUUUGGAAGAUCAACUUCAACGUCAACCCCGACAGGAGCAGGACUAUCAGCGGUCACAGCAACAGCGACACUGGCCGGUGCCGGUCUGUCGUCGGGCCACGUUGCCACGGCCACCGGCCGCGGCCGGAACGACGCUUACGUUGGGCGACUUUAUCGCGCAGUGCCGAAGCGACAGCCUCGAGGCUGGGCCCGACUGGACGGCGAGUCGACAGAGCCCGAGCGAGGCGAGGCUGCGUCAUUGCGAUCUGGAGCGCGGCGAAGCCGUGGGCAGCAGUGACGGCGAGAGCGACGGCGACGGCAACGGCGAGGGCGACGGCGAUUGUGAAGCCGAGGUCGCCGUCGACGGCAAUGGCCGCUACGCCGACGUUGAUGAGGCGAAUGUGAGCGCAAGAUUGACGGCGACGGCGACGGCGACGGCGACGGCGACGGCGAGGCUGUCUGUGAGCGGACCGGAGAGUGACGAGGAGGAGGGCGCCAGCAGCCUGACGGUGCGUGAGAUGGUGCGUCGACUGGAGACGCGUUCGAGUCGCGACUGGUCCGUGUUGGAGUGCGGCGCGGCUCGUGCGAGCGAGAAAGGCGACGGCGACAGCGACGUCGAAGUGAACGGCGACAGGGAGGGCAACGCUGUUGCCGGCCAGCCAAUGGGGCGGCAGCGUUCGUCGGUGCGGGACUCGAGCCCACGGCCGGACGAAGCGGUGGAGACGCGGCAGGCGCAGGUGCGAGUCGACGUGGCGCGAGAGGAGGAGAGCGCGGACAUUGUGAAUCGGUUGAGUCGAGAGGAGCGCGACUUUCUGCGGAGGAUCGAGCAGAAGGAGCAGGAGACCGGUCGUCUGCAGCAGUUGGCGUCGCAACGGGCCGAGUCGAAGCGACCGGCCGAGCCGCACUGUUGGCAGGACGCGUCGAGCUGUUGCCGGCGCUUCUUCGCCUUCCUCGUCUCGCACAUCGGCCUCACCUUCCUCGUCGUCGGCUACACCCUCCUCGGGGGCCAACUGUUCUGCGUGCUCGAGCGCAAGAACGAGAUCGCGAAGAAGCGGGAGAUGAACCAGAUCUGGUCCGAUCUCACGCACAACAUGACUCUGAUGUGGCGCGACAGCAUGCUCCAGCUCAUCGCCGCCCUCGUCACGGCGAACCGACCUCGCGCCGGCCGCCUCCACCUCCGCCAGUCGCCCAAUCGCCAUUCCGUCGACCUCACCGGCACCUCCGCAUCUGCCGUCUCUUUUCAAUCGCCGUCCUCGCCGUCGCCGUUAUUGCAAUCGACGUUGCCGUCGCCGUCGCCGUCGCCAUCGCCGUUGUCGUCGCCGUCAUCGCCGUUGGACAGUCGAGACGCGUCGUCAGGCGUCGACGUCGCCGCGCCGCGCCACGUCGAGGGCUUCUCCUGGUUCUUCUCGCAAAACGGCUACGCGCACGACAUUCUGCCGGCCAGUUGGCAGGACCGACUGGCCGACGAGGACUUCAUCAAGUGGACCCAGGCGCGAACCCCGCCCACCACGCUGUUGCCAGGCCCGCUGCUGCCCGUCGGCCCGACGACGCCCGGCUCGGCCAACGUCAACGCGGAGGAGACCGUGGUCGGACUGGCCGGCCUCGGAGAGCCGGCUCUGUUGCGCUGGAACGAGACCUUCUCGGGCGACGUGCUCAUCUCCAUUCCAAACUAUCUGUACAUGACCACGUCUGCCGAGAACCUGCUCUCCGUCGUCAACGAGACCGUGACAGAAUUUGUCCUCUUCAACGUCACCGAUUUGGUGAAAGGUUACAUGGCGCGUGUCAUGAAGGCCAUCACCGACGAGGGCUGGAACGGAGUCGAGGGUCUCGACGACAUCAACUGGACCUUCGAGGGCGGAGUGCUCUACGCCGUCACGAUCAUCACCACCAUCGGUGCGAACAGCCACGAUUUGUUGCCAUUUUGCGCGUGA